GCAGGAAGGACGCGCGGACGGGAGGAGGAGCGGCGCCGAGCCGGAAGGCGGGAGGCGCGUCCGUUGGGCCCGCGGCGCGGCCGGCCAGCCGCCUCGUCGCUCGGGCGGGAGCGGGGCCCGCGCCUCCUCCCCGGCGCCGCGGGGAGGAAGAUGGAGACGCACAUCUCGUGCCUGUUCCCCGAGCUGCUGGCCAUGAUCUUCGGCUACUUGGACGUGCGCGACAAGGGGCGCGCGGCGCAGGUGUGCACGGCCUGGCGGGACGCCGCCUACCACAAGUCGGUGUGGCGGGGGGUGGAGGCCAAGCUGCACCUGCGCCGGGCCAACCCGUCGCUGUUCCCCAGCCUGCAGGCCCGGGGCAUCCGCCGGGUGCAGAUCCUGAGCCUGCGCCGCAGCCUCAGCUACGUGAUCCAGGGCAUGGCCAACAUCGAGAGCCUCAACCUCAGCGGCUGCUACAACCUCACCGACAACGGACUGGGCCACGCGUUCGUGCAGGAGAUCGGCUCGCUGCGCGCCCUCAACCUGAGCCUCUGCAAGCAGAUCACCGACAGCAGCCUGGGCCGCAUAGCCCAGUACCUCAAGGGCCUGGAGGUGCUGGAGCUGGGCGGCUGCAGCAACAUCACCAACACCGGCCUCCUGCUCAUCGCCUGGGGCCUGCAGCGCCUCAAGAGCCUUAAUCUCCGCAGCUGCCGCCACCUCUCGGACGUGGGCAUCGGGCACCUGGCCGGCAUGACGCGCAGCGCGGCCGAGGGCUGCCUGGGCCUGGAGCAGCUCACGCUGCAGGACUGCCAGAAGCUCACGGAUCUGUCUCUGAAGCACAUCUCCCGGGGGCUGACGGGCCUGAGGCUCCUCAACCUCAGCUUCUGCGGAGGCAUCUCGGACGCAGGCCUCCUGCACCUGUCGCACAUGGGCAGCCUGCGCAGCCUUAACCUGCGCUCCUGCGACAACAUCAGUGACACGGGCAUCAUGCAUCUGGCCAUGGGCAGCCUGCGCCUCUCGGGGCUGGAUGUGUCCUUCUGUGACAAGGUGGGGGACCAGAGCCUGGCUUACAUAGCGCAGGGGCUGGACGGCCUCAAGUCCCUGUCCCUCUGCUCCUGCCACAUCAGCGACGAUGGCAUCAACCGCAUGGUGCGGCAGAUGCACGGGCUGCGCACACUCAACAUCGGGCAGUGUGUGCGCAUCACGGACAAGGGCCUGGAGCUGAUCGCCGAGCACCUGAGCCAGCUCACCGGCAUCGACCUGUACGGCUGCACCCGCAUCACCAAGCGCGGCCUGGAGCGUAUCACGCAGCUGCCCUGCCUCAAGGUACUCAACCUGGGCCUCUGGCAGAUGACGGACAGUGAGAAGGUCAGGGGUGGCUCUGACCUGGCCGGGUGGAGCCGCCUGUACCACCUGGAGCCCUGGGUACCAUGGACAAAGCCGCUCCUCCCGUUUAGGGCAAGAGGAAGUCGGCACGAGAGCACAAGACGGGGUACGCUGACAUCCCCCCCCCCAAACAAAACAAUCCAAGUGGAAUUCCUCCAUCUCCUGUUUGUUAACCCAGGAAAAGUGCACAUGUUUUCUUAAAAGAAGACUUAAGUUUUUUAUUAUCUCAUCACUCUUGCACUUUGUGUAAAGGACAAAUGCCCCAUGUCCUGUGCGUUCGCUUUCAUCUGUGAGAGUGGACAGCACCCCGGGCACGCAGGCGGGACGUGCAUGCGGCCCGCGGACGCACGGAGUCUCGACCGUGUUUGGCUUCCCUGUCUCCGGAUUUGUGUUUCCCCAAAGCUGGUGGAUUCGGGACAUUUAAUUUUAUAAACGGGGAAAGAGGCUUGACGAGGGUGAAAGACUGUGCCCGGGUGACGGCCCCAGACUUUACCCAUCGCCGGGGAGGCCGGCCCCCAGCAGGAGGGAGCCGCGGGGGUCCUUCCCUGAGCUGCUGUCAAGCAACACCCGACCCCCUGCUUCUGAAGAGAGCUGAGCUAGAGCACAUUAUUUUCAGCAGGAGUAAACGCCCCGAAUUCUGAAAGUUACCGUUGUGAUUUAAUAAGCAUUACUUAUGCAAACUCAGACGUGUACGUUACUUAUGCAAACUCCUUUUUCAAGGAGCUGGAAAGCUGGAGUGGCGAGUUGGUAAAUGGGCUUAGGGUACCGGGUGGCCCGAGUACGAGUGAGGGUCCAGUCGGUCCCCUGUCGUCCUCAAGCACCUGGGCCAGCUCUCCAGCACUGCUCCGUCAUGGACAGAGAUGA